AAAUGCAGAAAAGGCCAUGACGGCCUUAGCAAGAUUUCGCCAAGCUCAACUGGAGGAAGGAAAAGUUAAGGAACGAAGGCCUUUUCUUGCGUCAGAAUGUAAUGAACUGCCUAAAGCUGAGAAAUGGAGACGUCAGAUUAUUGGUGAAAUUUCCAAGAAAGUGGCACAAAUUCAAAAUGCUGGAUUGGGUGAAUUCAGAAUUCGUGACUUGAACGAUGAAAUUAACAAACUUCUAAGAGAAAAGGGACACUGGGAGGUGCGAAUAAAAGAGUUGGGAGGACCUGAUUAUGCAAGAAUUGGUCCAAAAAUGCUGGAUCAUGAAGGAAAAGAAGUUCCAGGAAACAGGGGCUACAAAUAUUUUGGAGCUGCUAAAGACCUACCUGGUGUCAGGGAGCUUUUUGAAAAAGAACCCCUUCCUCCUCCAAGGAAGACACGAGCUGAACUCAUGAAAGCUAUUGAUGCUGAAUACUAUGGGUAUAGAGAUGAGGAUGAUGGUGUUUUGGAACCAUUGGAACAGGAACAUGAAAGAAAAGUUAUUGCUGAAGCAGUGGAGAGAUGGAAAACAGGGAAAGAAGCACGACUUGCAGGAGGGGACAAGGAGGAGGAGGAGGAGGAGGAAAACAUCUAUGCAGUAAAUGAUGAUGAGUCUGAUGAAGAAAGUGGAAAGGAGAAAGAAGGUGAGGAUAGCCAGCAGAAGUUUAUUGCUCAUGUUCCGGUGCCAUCGCAACAGGAGAUUGAGGAGGCUCUUGUCCGAAGAAAGAAGAUGGAACUUCUUCAGAAAUAUGCCAGCGAAGCUCUUAUGGCUCAAAGUGAAGAGGCUAAAAGGCUUCUCGGACUGUAAUUGUUCUUGUGAUGCUUCUGUUUAUAAUCCAUCCUAAAACAGUAGAUGACUUUGGGAGCAGCUACUUCAAGUACUUUGAUUCUGCAGAAAGUAAUGUUC